ACAUGGGUUCAAAGAUAAGGACACCAAUUACGCUACUACUACCACAAUUGAGCAAUGGCCUUCUCUGUCUCCACCACUCCUUGGCACCUCUCAGUUUCCCAUUUCAGACCAAAACAUUUCCCGUCAACCUUCUCCAUCUCUAGCCCUACUAAAAUCACUCUCCGUCUCGCUCUCUGCCACGCCGCCAAGAAGCAGGGAGGGCCCCCCGUCAGGACGAACAAGAAGAAGAAGAAGAAGAAAAAGAAACUCGGUGGCGGUGGCGGUAGACGGGACGGUUCAAGGGGUUUGAGCCUGGACGACGUUGAAUACGACGACGACGAUGAUGACGGAGAAUGGGGGGGCUCGUCUAGAAAAAUAAUCACUCCCCCGGCCGGGUUCGUGGUAGACGACGAUGACAAAGUGCUAAUGGUGUCUGACAAACGAAUUGUCACCGUGGUUGACUCUAACAAUCUCCCAUUGGAGUGUAUCAUUAGAAGAGUAUUUAGAAGUGCACAAGGGGAGGAGUGCAUGCUGCUCUGCCCUGCUGAUAUGCCUGUUCGGAUUGUGAAGAGUAAAAAUAUGGAGGGAUUGUCAUCUGUCAGUGUUGAAGAAGUUAAAGGUCUACUUCCUACUGUAGCUUAUGCACUUGCCAAGGUACACAUGCAUCUGGUACAUAGCGGGUUUUUUUUAACAGCUCGGGGAGGAUUUUGCUUCACGGAGGAUGACGUCUUUAAUUAUUAUGCAGGCAAUCAUGUUUUCUCUUCUGCAGAUGGUGAACAUGCGGAUGGGUUGCCAAAUGAAGGCAUAGAAAUUACAAGCUUCAAUGUGGAUGGAAGCCAUUACAUGAUUUAUACGCCAUCUGAUCCUCUUCUUAUGGUUGCCGUGAAGGAUCAGAAUGGUCACUUGAAAAUUGUGGAUGAGACUCUCUUUGAGGACCAUCGCAUAACAAGUGCAAUUGAUGAGGAGACUGACUUUAAUGCAUGGGUGGAAGAAGAGGCUGCUGGUCUUGACUCAAUGCUGGGGAGAAGGAGAGGUUAGAAUAGGUCGCUGGGAACUUCUAUUAUCAUGAAGAUCCAAUUGGGGGACUCGGAAAAUCUCAGUGUGUUUUUGUUUUGGUAUUUUAUUUAUUACAGAAUAGAUGGAGCAGUACCAAUUUAUUCAACGACUUGGUAGUGAUUUACAUCAUCUAUAAUUACAGCAAUCUCAGUGUUUUUUCUACGCAA